AUGGCUAUCUUCCUUUUUGUUGGUGGAAAUAACAUUUAGUAGCUUAGAAAACAUGUCUACUUAUUCAACUUUUACGCUAAUUUAUUAUACAAGUUUUUUCAUGUUGUAUUGUGCUAUUGUUUCAGCCACUGUUAAAGAUGCCCUAUGGCUUUUACAAGAUUUCCAAAAUACGAAAUGUAGACAUGAGUCAGAUUAUCCAAGUUUCGAUGGCUGGUUUCAUAAUUUGGCAAAACCUGCUUUAGGAUCAUCUGGAGAGCAUAUUAUAAACGGUUGGUAUAGCAUACAAAACGAUAUUACCAAAGAUAUUAGUACGGCUUACUGGCCAAGGGCAAUUUCAACAAUCAGCAUGUGUAGAAUUAAUAGUACUGCAAUGGACUUAAUUCAUGCCAAACUGCUUGCUUUUGAAGUUCUUAAUUUUGGAGAACAUCCAACUACGGAUUACAAUAAUUUUCUUAAUGGCGAGGGUAAUUUCAAAAUUAACUACGCGACCUCUUAUAUAGACGGAGACAGCAUAUAUGGUAAAAAAUAUUCUGAUUUGGAACCUUUUAUAGAAAAAAAUGGAGAAAUAUCUUUAACUUUUUUGUUUCCAUCAUCAAAUAAAGCCUCAAGCUUAUUAUGGGUAAAACUAAUAUGGAUUGAGUGGCAUAAUUCCUUAGCAAAAAUGUUGUUUCAAAUGUGUCCUAAAUUACCAAAGCAAGUGUUAUUUAAUGAGGCAAGAAAAUUUACUAUAGGCACUUUACAAAGUGUCUACUCAUACGACUGGUUAUUGCAAUGGACUGGAAAACCACUACAACAUUAUGAAAGAUACGAUCCCCUAAUCGAUCCUCAAAUUGAGAAAUUAUUUCAAGCUGCCAUGUAUUUGCCUCAGGCACUUCUUACAGACCAUUGGUUAAAUGGCCCAAGUAUGCUAGAUAAAAAGUCGUGCAAAGAAUAUGAAAAAUAUGCAAAUAAAUUUAGUAUUCAAGCUCACUGGCCAGAUAUAAAUCAUGCCCGUAAAGUCUUAAAAUUGAUUCCUUAUGAAAACUUCGAGAGUUUUGUAAAGCAAAAUAAUGUUACUCACUCGAAACAGUUAGUUCAAUACUACAGAAAUAAACUGGAACAGUUUGACGCUUUGUCCGGAGGAUUAUUGGAAUCUAAAAGUGGAAGCGGCGUACUAUUUUCCGCCGUUUUGCAUGACCAGUUUAGAAGAAUUAGAGAUGGAGACAGGCUUUGGUUUGAAAAUUUGCAAAACGUAUUAUUUACUUCAAAAGAAAUAACUAGGCUCAAAGAAAUCAAAUUCUUAGAUGUAUUUAAAGCUGUACUUGUUGAUUUACUUGAUAGGCUACAGAGUUUUAAUAAAGAUUCUACUAAACUACAAAAAGUGGAUUUCUCCUAUGAAAAAAUUCUUUACUACAUAAUUGGUGGUUAUUUUUUUGCAAUACUAUGUAUAAUUAUUAUAUGCAUUUUUAUAAGGAAACAAAAAGCAAUACAAGAAAAAAUUAAGGAAAACGCAAACAUUUUGCAACAUUUUCGAAAAAAAUUCAAGAUAACAAGCAACUUAUUUUUAGCUGAAGAAUAUGACCAUUUAAAUAUACCUAGGCAAAAAGUUGUGCUAGUAUUAGAUAACCUCAAACAUCGCAUGAUAGUUUACACAAUUUCUGGAUUGAUAUUUAGGGUAAUUGUUAAUGAUAUUGAGCAAAUUAUAUUCUUUGGGUCUCAGCCGAUUGUUAUAUUGAAAUCGAUGUUGAGUUAUAAUUUGAUAGUUGGCUUCGAGAACUUAUCUCGCAUGAACAUUUUCCUUGAAGAACUGAAUCUCUUUUUACAUGACGUAAAAAAACAGAAGAAAAUGCCUUUAAAGGUACAGAAAUGGAGACCAUUAAAGACACUUCUGCUUACCAGAAAACAGUAUCAAAUUCUACUAGAGAAGCUAUUUAGAGUAACAUUUGCCCAAGCUUUCAAAAUAAAACAUUCGCAACAAGAAAUCCUAGAUGUGGGUUCUACAUUAGCUACUCAAGUUGAAUAUUGCAAGCUGACCGUUUUGGAGUUUUCGGAAUGUUUAGGAAUAAAUCCCGAGGGCAAAUUUGCCCGGAGCAUAUUUUCUUUGAUUGACAGAAAUAACGAAGGGUUUAUUUGUUUCAGGCAGUUUCUCGACCUUUUGAUAUUAUUUGUAACUGGAAAGGCAGACGUUAAGGCUAGUUUGUUUUUUAAGUUAUAUGAUAUUGAUGGGGUAGAUAGUGUUUCUAAACAUGGCUUUAAAACUAUGUUGAGCUCAUUUUUGUCCAUAGUUGCUGAUGUUUCUGAACCGACUAUGGCUACUAGUAUGAUAAGAGAAGCGAAUUUUGCCCAUAAAGACAAAUUGGCCCUACGCCACUUUCUUAAAGUGGUUUCCAAUUAUCUUCAAACACUUUCACGUGCCAAUUUAGAUAUCGAUAAAACUAUUCCCAAUGAUAGGUCGUAUUUAUCUAUUGCUGCUAAAACCUUAUCGUCUCUCUACAAAAGGGAUAUUUCACAUGGCAACCAAGCAUUUGAAUUUGACCGAAAUUGCAAAUGUUUUGAACUGAAAGCUAGAAACAGGUCCAAUAAGGUGCUGACAUUUUUUGAGAACCAUUCGAAGGAUGUAUUUUGUAUUUCUUUUCCUAUUCUGGUGAUAUGUUUAAUAGUUGUUCAUUGUGGUUAUGCAUAUUGGCAAAAAUCAGAUUUUCAAGGCAUUACUCAAAUCGUAUUGGCAAUAUCUAAAGGCUCAUCGUACGGAAUUGUAUUAACUUAUGCUAUUUUAUUAGUCACUUGCUGUGAGAAUAUAUUAUAUCAAACAGAAGGAUAUUAUCGUAAAAUCGUUUCAAUACGUUGCUUACUCACGGUUCGGACUACCAUGGUAUAUUUGUCUGCGUUAUUUACAAUUAUUCAUUUGUUGGGAUACGCCUAUGUUUCUCAAAUUUUAUUAGUUCCUUCAUCAAAUCCAGCUUACACAAGUCAAAGCACGAAUGCAUGGAGUAUUCUAGAAUUCCGUAUUCCGAAUCCAGUAUUCUUAUCUGGCAUCGGCUUAUUUUCCAUAUUUAGCGUUUCGUAUUUGCUUUUACUACCAUGCUUAAGGAGAAGACUUACAAACACUUUUUAUGUCAGUAGUAAAGAUUUUUUAUUAUAUCUUCCUGUUUUUGCUUUGUUCGUGGUCCAUUGUUCCCUUUCAGAGAAAUCGAUUUUACUUGGAAUACUACCAGGUCCAGUAACACUUUUUAUGCUGAACACUUUCUUAGGUCUUCAAAAACCAAAGCCUUGUUAUGUAAUAAAUAUGAAAGUCUUGCCAUGUAAUGUUUUAUGCCUAACGUUAAAACGGCCCACCAACUUCAACUAUAAAAAUGGUCAAUGGAUUGUUCUUUCCAAUAACCAGGGAUUUUCUGGAAAUAACCGAAUGUUUCUAUCAUCUUCUCCAAUAGAACCAAAUCUGCGCAUCUACGUCUCACCAGAAGAGCCUUAUGCAUAUCAGCUCCGGAAAUUGUGUGAAAAUAUUGACACUGAUACCUCAGAGCCAUUAUUUAUUAAUGGUCCAUAUGGUAAGGCUUUGGUGCAGUGGCAAGAUUUCGAUGUUACUAUUUUGGUGGCUAGUGAUAAAGGCGUUAAAAUGUUUAAUUCUAUACUUGGAGAGAUUGCGGCUAUUUUAAAGAGGGGAGUUUCUAAAGAGAUGUUUUGUAAAAAAAUAUAUUUUGUUUGGACAACAGAUUCUCAAAAAUAUUUCGAGUAUAUUGAUGACCUUCUUUGGAAAAUUGAAGAAAUGGACCAAGGAGGGCUUUUUAAUACACACUUAUUUAUAACAGAGGCAUAUGAACACUUUAAUCUGCGAAGUAUUAUGACCAAAAUUUUUGAGGAGCAUUUCAAGAGGGUUUCUCAAAAAAACAUUUUCACAGGUCUAAAAACUGUUACACAGUUUGGAAGGCCCGACUUUCAUCAAUUGUUUUUAAAAAUUUCUUUAAAGAACGAAUGGGCGGAAAAAAUGUGCGUGGUUAGUUCAGGGCCUAAAAGUUUCACUAAUUCAGUGAAUCGAUGCUUAAACAAUUUAAGUUGUAAAAUAAAUCAACAACUUUACCAUGAAAUCAUGACCAACGUUUUGUGAAAUAAAAGCUAUUAACUAAUAA